AAGUCCUAUAGGGGAGACUACUGCUGCCUGUUACCCUUCACAACAUCCGGUAUGCGAAAUGGCGUCGACUUCUGUGUUCCUAAUGAUGGUGAACGGACAAAUAGAGACUGCAGAGUUUCCAGAGUUUGAUGACAUAUACUGUCGAUAUUUUUUCACACAUGGUCCAGACUGGCUCAUAACUUCAGGGUUGGAAGAAGGAAUCACACAGAUAACAAAAAAGAGCCAAGAUGAAAGACAACUAUUUGUGUGGAAUUUUCCACUUGACAUCACUUUCAAAAGCACAAACUGCUAUGGAUGGCCUCAGUUAGUUGUCAGCGCUUAUGGGCUUGAUGCUUUUGGUACAGAUGUGGUGAGAGGCUAUGGAUGCACACACGUGCCCAUAACAUCAGGAAGACAUAAAGUGCGAAUACCCAUGUUUGUCCCCGAGUCGUCUUCCCUGCUGCAGAAGCUGACCAGCUGGUUCCUGGGUCGCCGACCAGAGUAUGUUGACCCCCGAGUGGUGGCACAAGGGGAAGGUCGUGAAGUGACACGGGUUCGUUCGCAGGGAUUCAUCACCAUCUCCUUUAACGUCGUCACGAAAGACCUGAAGAAGUUCGGGUAUGAUGUCCAGCCAUCUGAUAUCACGAAUCCGAUCCUGCCGGAAAGAGUUGGCAUGGCAACCACCGGGACUUCUGAAGCAUAAGCUGCCUCAGUUUUGGGAAGAAAUAGGGGGAAAAAAAAUAUAAGUGACUGAGAGCAGAAAAUGUCGUGAAUAAAUGUAGCUACGAGCGAAUUGGACUGACUGGAUUUAUGCUUGGCGGUACAUUUUUGUUGGAUAGUUUGGUACAUUGCCAUCCGGCUGUGUUGAACACCUUGGUAUGAAUGGGAAACUAAUGGUCAGGAUAGCACAAUACUAACAGGGAGAGAAAGUUGUUAGAGAGGAGGAGGAGAGAGACGCGGGAGGGGAUGGAGAGAGAGAAAAGAGAGAGAAAGGCAAAUUAGGAAAAAGAUCGUUCCUAUAACCGAGUACUCAUUAUUGAAAGCCAAGUUUCGAAGGGAGCAAACUACAGCACCAGCUGUACCUUUGGUGAUCGAUAGAAAAAGAAAGUUGAACGAGAACAGUUGUGGGAAUCCUGUUUGGAAGAGAAACCCUCCUGAGCAUUAACAAGGGAAAACCUUGAUUCCGGCUGUGUCAUUUAGUUCACUUUGAAAUGGUAUUUAUUUUUUUAUGGGUAUCUGUCAUCUUAUUACGUAGAGAACUGGGGAAACAGGUUGUUGGUGUGUGUGGGCUGGUGUUUGUGGGAUGGGAUGUACUAAUGAACGCUGUUGCAGAUGUUGCCGUCCAUUCAUUUAACUAUUUUAUUGUACAUGAUUAUCUUACAAAUCUAUAUUUGUAAAAGAAUUAAAUAAUUAGAUACAUC